AUGGCGUCCGCUCCCCGCCGUCCCCUCCUCGUCCCCAAGCCAGAUCCCGACGCGCCCGCUCCCACCGCCGAGCUCUGCGCCGCCCUCCUCCGCCGGGUGUCCACCAAGCCCGACCCCGACGCCGACGCGCUCCCGGCCUCGACCCAGACGACGCCUCUCACCCCCGAGCUCUGUGCCGCGCUCCGCCGGGAGCUCGAGCCCUCUCCCGACGACCAUGCCGACUUCGCCCACAGCCUCCGCCUCGCCCAGCGGCGCCUCGACGCCAUCUCCGCCAGCCUUUCCUCCACACCUCCCCAGCCAUCGCCUCCCCCACCUCCCUCUGCCCCGCGGAGCGCCAGCCUUUCCUCUACGCCCACCCCGCCUCCGCCUCCGCCUGCGCCGCGCAGCGCCGACCCGGCGCGGGCCUCUUCCUCGACUGCCAGAGCCAGCGCCAAGGGCAAGAAGCGCGCACGCGGCACAGCCGGCCCGGAGAUGGUGCGCGCCACCGUCACCGCGGAGGCCGACCACCUCGAGGUCCGCACUCUCGUGCGCCGGGCGCGCCUCACCUUCGAGGCGGUCCGGGGGAUCUACCACCGCGGCGGCCGCACUCGCGCCGACAUGACCGCCCUGAGCACGAUGCUCUCCCAGGGCCUCUGUCUCUACCGCGACGUGCGCAUCGUCGGCUCCAUCCCGGGCGUCUUCGUCGGCGACGUCUUCAGCUACCGCGCCGAGCUCAUCGUCGUCGGCCUCCACAACCAAACCCAGGCCGGCAUCGGCUUCAUCCCCGCCAACCUCGUCAGCGAGGGGCACCCCGUCGCCACCAGCAUUGUCUCCUCCGGCGGCUACCUCGACGACCACGACAACGGCGAAGUCCUUAUCUACACCGGCAGCGGCGGCCGCCCGCGACACGGCGUCGAGCACAACACCGACCAGGAAUUCGAGCGCGGCAACCUCGCGCUCGCCUACAGCCACAAGUACGGCGUCGAGGUACGCGUCAUCCGCAGCAACGACUGCGACACCAGCCCCAGCGCCAAGCUCUACGUAUACGACGGCCUCUACAAGGUCGACUCCAUCACCUAUGGCCCCGGAAAGUCAGGCCACGAGGUCUGCAAGUUCAAGCUCGUGCGCAUCCCCGGCCAGGCUCCGCUCGGCAGCAAAAUCUGGCGCUCUGCCCGGGAUCUCACGAACACGCUCGACUCCAACAUCCGGCCGCGCGGCUACGUCACGCGAGACCUGUCCAAGGGCAAGGAGGUGAUCCGUGUCCCCGUCUUCAACAAUGUGGAUCGAGACCUCUCUCCCCUCGGCUUCGAGUACAUUGCCCGCCCUGACUUCCCGGCGCCCCCGGUGCUGCCCGGGACGGCGAGGCGUCUCAGGUGCUGCCAGUAUGCUACGGCGGCGUGCGGCGGGUCGUGGUCAUCUGGCAGUUGCGCCUGCGUGAGGAAGAAUGGCGGAGGCGGCCCGGCGUACAAUGCCGACGGGACGCUCGUCAGGGGAAGGCCGGUGGUGUACGAGUGCGGCGCGCGGUGCGGGUGCCCUGCGAGCUGCUCGAACCGGGUGACGCAGCGAGGGAUGCAGCACCGGCUGGAGGUGUUCCGAUCGAGGCAGACAGAUUGGGGCGUCAGGGCACUGGACUUGAUCCAGCCGGGCGCCUUCGUCUGCGAGUUCAGCGGAGACGUGGUCACCGUGGACGACGACGGUCACCACGCAAGCAAUGCCGCCGGCGCGUCGACUGAAUGGGGCGGCAUCGUCGAUCCGAAGAAGUUUCCGGCGAGAUGGAGGGAGUGGGGAGACGCCUCCGCGGCCACGCUUCCGGACGACGCCGAGGAACCUCCCCGAUUCGCGCAAUUGGCAGGGCCGCGCCCGCGCUACGUGCUCGACGUGUCCCGGAGGAGGAACUUUGCUCCCUACAUCAGCCACAGCAGCGCCCCGAACGUGUUCGUCCAGUUGGUGCUCCGUGGCGACGGCAACGAGUCGUACCCUCGUCUGAUGUUGUUCGCCAUGGACACCAUCCCGCCGCUGCGGGAGCUGAGCAUCGACUACGGCAUCGGUCAGUGA